AUCUGUAGUGAGAGAGGAACAUCAGGCUGGUAUUUAACUCAUUUAACUCCUCCCUUGUGAUGUUAGGCUUGAGUGGUAAAAGUACUGACGUCAAGUGGAGGUGGGAGUGCUGAGUGUGGACACAGGGCAGAGAGGAGGAGAAGGGGAAAGACUUGUUUACACAGACUGCAAAGAGCCUGGGGAAUAAUGCGGAAAGGAAGUAAUCCGGAGCUCUUGUCUGACUGAUCCAGCUUCCUGCUCAGCAGGAUCCAGUUACAGCAGCGGAACAUUUCAGACCCGUGUGAGCAUGGAAAAAAGGAGCAGUUUGCAUCGGUGAUCGUAUCGAAGGGGGCAACGGAUCCACAGAUAUUAGCAAAGGGCUGCAAGUGUCGGGUAUGGAGAGUGCGAUCACACUGUGGCAGUUCCUGCUGCAGUUACUGCUUGACCAAAAACAUGAACAUCUGAUCUGCUGGACGUCCAGUGACGGAGAAUUUAAACUCCUUAAGGCAGAAGAGGUUGCUAAACUUUGGGGACUAAGGAAAAACAAAACCAACAUGAACUAUGAUAAGCUGAGCCGAGCCCUGCGAUAUUAUUAUGAUAAGAAUAUUAUUAAGAAGGUGAUUGGACAGAAGUUUGUUUACAAAUUUGUCUCGUUUCCAGACAUUUUAAAAAUGGAUCCUCACUCGCUGGAAUCCAGUCGGGAAAACAUUUUGCUCAGGGAUAGUGACACUCCAGCAAUUUCAGAGAGCAGAGAUCACCAGCAAAUAACAUUAUCUAGCGGCAGAAGUCCCAGCCGCAAUGAUUAUAUCCACUCUGGGUUAUAUACUUCUUUCACCAUUAACUCUUUGCAGAAUAGGUCUGACUUUUUCAAGUCAAUCAAAAUGGAAAAGCCAGAAGAGAAAAUUGCAAGGAAACCCACCUCUGAGGAGGUCAGAACUGUUAUAAGAUUUGUAACUAAUAAAAGUGAAAGGCCAGUUUCCAUGCCCAUUGGCUCCGUUCCAUCAUCACAUUCUCCGUCCCCAGAAGCUGUAGUCGCAUCAACUUUGUUCACUGCUCUCGCCUCUAAAACAUCGCCUCCUUUAUCAUCAUGUCAUUCCCCUGUUGCCUCGUCAUCCUCGAAUACCUCCUCCUCAGCAGGGUACCAGAAGGCCUGCAUUAUCGAACUUGAUGCUUAUGAUUCAGAACAGUCUGUUCAGCCUCUAAACCUCUCCUCAGGCUCGAAGGCCAAAUCACCCUGUCCGGCUGAGCAGCGACAAAGCCAUCUUCCAAAAGCUAAGAAACCCAAAGGCCUGGAGAUUCCAGCUCCUCCUUUAGUCAUAACCAACACUGAUGCUGGCUCAAUUGCCCUCAAUAGCCCAGCACUUCCUUCUGGAUCCCUCACUCCUGCCUUCUUCACUGCACAGACACCUAAUGGCAUACUGUUGACUCCAAGCCCCUUACUCUCCAGUAUUCAUUUCUGGAGUACAUUAAGUCCAGUGGCUCCCUUGAGUCCUGCCAGACUCCAGGGGCCAGGGUCUUUAUUUCAGUUUCCAACUCUAGUGAAUGGACAUGUGCCGAUUCCAAUCCCCAGUUUGGAUGGGGUUUCACCCUUACUGCUUUCAUCCAACGCCCAGAAAUCAUGAUACUGCCUAACUGAAGGAGCAGAAAUUAAAGGCACCAAUUAAAUGCCAAAAUGUAGGACAGUGUUCAGCUUUAAUUUAUAUCAUUGAUCAUGCAUCAUUGAUAUGAAGUUCUCAGUAAUAUAAUGAAGUAAUGUUUAAAUAUCUUCUUCUUUUGUUGUUUCUCCCCAUCAUUUUAUAAUGAAGUUGGCAAUAAAUAUAUAACCUUUUCCUGUACCUUGCGUUUUAUGCACUGUGCUUUUAAUGAAUGUUAACCAGCUGUGCCUACUUAUGCUUAAGUGUUUUGUGUAACUUGUAAAUUUACUGUAAACCUGUUGUAAUGGCAGAUUAUUAGCAUUAUUAAAUAAUUGAAACUUUGUAUCAGUUUUCAAUUAUUGGCUCUUAAAGGACAUGAUACUAUGUAUUAGUAAGUAAGAUUGAUGA